AUGGGGAAUAUCUUUACCACAGAGGAAGGUAAGGAUACCAUAAACAUCACCAGUAUUAUUGACUGGCAUUCAAUUUCGAUUGCACCGAAAUUUUUACAAGCGCGAUGGCCGGUAUUCCUUGAACCUUUAGACGGUUACACCCCUGGCUUGAUAGAAAAACCUGAGCCGCUAUCUGGGCUUGAAGACAUGGAUGCUGCGGAUAGAGCAGUGGCCAAAGUCACUUAUGAGCAGAACUACCUCGCGAAGGCCUAUGAGGUGUGUACAGGUGCCUUCAAUACCCAUUUGCAUACUGCGUUACUGGUCCCAUCGGCACUGAAGGAAAUAUAUAUACGCUGCGGAGAGACAUCUGUUGAUGGGAUUUUCCCCCUUCGCUCCUGCUUAGCUGAGUUAUAUAAAUACUGGUCGGAUCUAAGAUUUAUGGAGCCUUGCCCCAUACAUUUUACUGAAGUUGAGCUUUCACAGUACGAGGAAGAACUUGCAAAAUACGAGGAAUGGAAUGAUCUUAAAGUUCUGGUUAAAAGAGCGUUAGACACUGAUUCAGAGGGCUGGGUAUCUCCUGCAUUUGACUGGAAUGAAAAGAAAACGCAACAUGAAGAGCUAUACCAGAUGUUCGCGAAAAAAAUGCUGGCCGAAAAUAAAACCAUCGAUGAAAUCAAGCAAAUAUGGCCCUUCCCAAUUAGCUCAUAG